GCCAAUCAUGGCCUAUCGUAAUGUCAAUUGUCUGGACCCAACGGGUGUGAAUCGACCCAAAAAUGGUAACCUUAUCCAAUGCCCCAGAUACCUCGGUGGGCCCGAGCUUGAAGGAACUGGCCGCAUGUCUACUUGGAGAUCUUUGGGAAAUUCGAUAAGGUACAUCGCACCUUGUGGAGAUCUCGCCAUCCCUCAUCCGGGCAACAGAAGCCUGUAUCCGUUGCCGGUGUACUCGUCCCCGAGCACCGUCCGAGCCGAUGCGGGGCCUGGAUAGCUUUCCCUCACUAGAAUCCAUUUCUAUAUCAUCACGAUACGCAAUCUGCGGGGACGGAAACCCCCUCCUGCGGGGGAGCUCCUAAGUAUCUAGCUGUUUUGCCGACCAGACAUACAUAAAGCGAGAACAUCCGCAGUUCCGUGCAGCGUGAUUAAUUCGCCCUCUCAUUCACCAUGUCACCUACAAAGCGUGUCGUUAUCAUCGGUGCCGGAAUUGUCGGCACAAACAUCGCUGAUGAGCUGUUAUCGCGCGGAUGGACGGAUAUCACCGUCGUCGAGCAGGGUCCGCUAUACAUGCCCGGCGGAUCCACAUCACAUGCCCCCGGCCUCGUAUUCCAGACUACUCCCUCCAAGACGAUGACGCAUUUUGCACGAUACACUGUCGAGAAACUCCAGUCCAUUGAGAAAGAUGGCCAGAACUGCUUCAAUCAAGUUGGUGGUCUCGAGGUGGCAACAACGCCGGCACGGCUUGAGGACCUCAAGCGCAAGCAUGGUUAUACUUCCUCAUGGGGCAUUGAGGCUCGCCUCGUGAAUGCGGAGGAGUGUCUUAAAUUGUACCCUCAUUUGAACAAGGAUGUCGUGCUCGGGGGUCUACAUAUUCCUAGUGACGGCCUUGCGCUCGCCGCUCGUGCAACCCAGCUCCUCAUUGAACGCACCCGCAAGGCUGGUGUCAAAUACCUCGAAUCAACACCCGUGACGGGCAUCAAGCAAGCAAAUGGUCAAGUAACCGGGGUAACGAUACCCAAUGGUACUAUCGAAGCUGAUAUUGUUAUUUCUUGUGCUGGGUUCUGGGGCGUGGAACUCGGCGCCAUGGUCGGCGUGUCCAUUCCUUUACUCCCGCUCGCUCACCAGUACGCCAAAACGACGGCGGUGCCAUCUCUUGUGGGCAGGGAGCUCAAUAAACAAAUUAAUGGAAAGAAUGCCGAACUCCCAAUUUUACGACACCAAGACCAGGAUCUAUACUACCGCGAGCACGGGGACCAAUACGGUAUCGGGUACUAUGGCCAUCGACCCAUGCCCGUUAAGGCUUCGUCUCUAGGUCUCACCCCUAAGGACGUCGAUGAAAAGAAUAUGCCAUCCCGCCUCGAAUUCACUGCGGAAGACUUUGACCCUGCCUGGAAGGAAACACAACGGCUGUUGCCCAUGCUACAAGAGACUGAAAUCGCGGACGGAUUCAAUGGCAUCUUCUCGUUUACGCCCGAUGGAGGACCCAUUGUUGGACAGGCACCAAAUCUGGACGGAUUCUGGGUCGCCGAGGCAGUGUGGGUUACACACUCUGCAGGUGUUGCUCGUGCCGUCGCCGAGGUCCUUACCACCGGUCGCUCGCAGAUCGACAUAUCAGAGUGCGAGCUGUCUCGCUUUGAAGAAGUCCAGCUAAGCCAGUCCUACAUCGAAGAGACCUCAUCCCAGAACUUUGUCGAGAUCUACGACAUCCUGCAUCCAUCUCAACCCAGAGAAUCCCCCCGCCAGCUACGGACCAGUCCAUUCUACGCUCGGCAGAAAGAGCUGGGUGCUUACUUCCUGGAGCUCGGUGGCUGGGAGCGACCUUUCUGGUAUGAAGCGAACAAGGAACUUCUCAACUACCUGCCACCGAAGUGGAAACCAGUCGAGCGCGAUGCUUGGUCAGCCCAGUUCUACUCCCCCAUCGUCGCAGUCGAGGCAUGGAAAACACGCAACGCGGUAGCCAUGUUCGACAUGACCUCCUUCCACCGAUUCGAAGUCUCCGGACCCGGCGCCCUCGAUCUCCUCCAGCGCCUCAGCACAGCCGACGUCAACACCAAGCCCGGCACCAUUACAUAUGCCCUCCUCCUAAACGACCAGGGCGGUAUCCGCAGCGACAUCUUCAUUUCCAGACUGGAAGAGAACCUCUUCCAGAUCGGCGCAAACACCGCCACCGAUCUAGCCUAUCUCGCCCGCGAAGCCCGCCACCAGAGUAAGAAGGACUUCGUGCAAGUCCGCGAAAUCACCGGCAGCACCUGCUGCAUCGGACUUUGGGGCCCGCGUGCCCGAGACGUCAUCAACGAAAUCACCACGGACGACUUCUCCAACAAGGGUCUGCCCUAUUUCGGCGUGAAACGAGCCCUCAUCAGUGGUAUCCCCGUGACAGCCUUCCGCAAGUCCUACGUCGGCGAGUUGGGCUGGGAACUCCAGACAACGGCCGAAUACGGUCAACGCCUCUGGGAUACGAUUUUCCAAGCUGGCAAGAUCCACGGCCUGAUCGCUGCUGGUCGUGCUGCUUUCAAUGCCCUGCGGCUGGAGAAGGGAUACCGCAUCUACGGCACGGAUAUGAACACGGAGCACAACCCGUACGAAGCUGCCGUGGCGAAUGGAAUCAGGGUGAGCAAGUGGGAGGAUUACGUGGGAAAGUCUGCCCUCGAGCAUAUCCCUGUCAAGCAGAAACCCUCCCGGCGUCUACGCUGUCUGACUGUCAAUGAUGGCCGGUCUAUGAUUCUCGGUAAAGAGCCGGUGUUUUAUAAUGGCAGGGCUGUUGGGUAUGUGACCAGCGCGGCGUUUGGGUUUACAGUUCGCAAGCCUGUCGCGUAUGCCUGGUUACCUGGGACCUUGGACCAAGGCGCAAGCGUUGACAUUGAGUACUUUGGUCGCCGGAUCAAGGCUACCGUCACGACUGAGCCCUUGUACGAUCCCGAUAACAAGCGUUUGCUUGCUGAUGGGUUGUCGGUUGAUUCGGAGCUUCACAUGCCCGUCAAGUCUCGUCUGUGAGGGUGCUAAGCCCUGUGUUGGAAAUAAUGAAGGAUUUUUACGAGAUAUGGCCAUUUUGAUGUUGAAUUGAUGUUUAAACGAAUAGCGGCGAUGUCGCCGAAUGAUAGAUCCAUUUAUUUGUUGUUUGU